UUUCAUCGUUGAAAUUUUCUCACACAGGGUAAUGUGCUAUUUGGUAUUUAAAGAAGGAUUCCUCCACUUCCCCUUUUCACUUCAUUAACUUGAGCAGCGAUACUCAGAGAGUAUCGCUGAACUCACUCCCCAGUGCUGGGAACUGGCUUGUCUCCUAUGAGAUGCUCCUCAGGAUGCUAGAGAAGGCUUCCGUGCUGCUGUGGGCAUCCUUGCUGGUCCUCGCAGCUCCAGUCAGUGGACCACUUGCUACUGUACACAAAUCCGUGAUUUCCGUCCAGCCUCCGUGGACCACUGUCUUCCAUGGAGAGAGAGUGAAUCUGACUUGCAAUGGAUUUCACUUCUAUGCACAAGAGAAAUUACAAGGCUACCGUUGGUUCUCUGGGAAAGCACGUCCACGUGAAACUCCAGGAAAUACCCUUGAGGUUCGUGAUUCUGGACAGUACAGGUGCCAGGCCCCAGGCUCACUCCCAAGUAACCCUGUGCACUUGAUCUUUUCUUCAGCCUCCCUCAUCCUCCAGGCGCCAUAUUCUGUGUUUGAAGGUGAUGAGCUGGUUCUGAGAUGCCAGAAAAGGGGGAGAGAGAAACUGGCUGUUGUGAAGUAUACUUGGAAUCGAAAAAUUAUUCCUGGUACUGAUGAAAGCUUUGAUCUUUUGAUACCGAAAGCAAGUUUAAAUAACAGUGGCUGUUACCAGUGCAUUGCAUUCUUGGAAAAUGCUUAUGUAUUGAGAACAAGUCAGACAAAUAUUCAAAUUCAAGAACUAUUUUCACGUCCAAAGCUGGAAGUCACAGAUUCCCAGCCUAUAGAGGGGAAGCCUGUAAACCUGAGCUGCGGGACACGGCUCCCACUGGAGCGGCCAGACACUCGGCUUCACUUUGUGUUCUUGAGAAACGACGGGGUCAUGAUCUCGAACUGGAGCGGGUCCCCGGACCUCCAGAUCGCAGCCAUUUGGAGAGAAGACUCAGGAUCAUACUGGUGUGAUGCUGAAACACUGACCGGUGGCAUCCACAAACGCAGCCUCCCACUUCAGAUUGAUGUGCAGAGAAUCCCUGUGUCUGGAGUGCUCCUGGAAACCCAGCCCCAAGAAGACCAGGUGGUUGAAGGGGAGACGCUGGUCCUUGUCUGCUCUGUGGCCAAAGGCACUGGGAACACCACAUUCUCUUGGCACAGAGAGAACACGAGGGAGAGUCUGGGGCAGAAAAGCCAGCGCUCCCAGAGAGCAGAGCUGGAGAUCCCUGUUAUCGGGGAGAGCCAUGCCGGGCGCUACUACUGCACAGCUGACAACGGCUACGGCCUCAUCCAGAGCGAGGCAGUGAACGUCACUGUGAGAAGCAUUCCCGGGAUUAAAAGAGGCCUUGUUGCGGGAGGAACCACUGGGGGAUCACUCAGCAUUCUCCUGGCUGUGGCCCUGCUGUUUUACUGCUGGUACCAGAGGAAACCGGAGAUGUCCUUGAGUCAAAGCCUGGGACCAGCAUCUCGUAUUCCAAUGGCUCCGCUCUCUACAGGAGAUGUCUUUCAGGGAGACACAAUCAGGAGACCCCUGACUGUAGGCCCACCAGGACCCCUCAACCCCAUGUGCCCUGCCCCCGUGGAGCUGCAGCAGUUGUACAUCAAUGUGCAUCCCAGAGAAAGAGACUUGGUAUAUUCUGAGAUCCAGAUUACGCAGCCUGGGGCAGAAGGGGAAGCCAAUACCUUCAGAACAUCUCUAGAAGACCAGCAUGUCUCAAUUGUCUACUCUGAAGUGAAGACACAGCUCUGAGAUGAUUCAGCUGGAAAGGUCAGCUCUAAAGAUGAAGAUGCCAUGGAAAGUUAUGAGAAUAUCCUACUUAUACGACUUGUCUCUGAUCCAAAGACCCAGCUUAGUGCAGUCCUUGAGGACUCUGGAGCGGCCAACUAGUCCCAGCUUUCCAGUUCUUCUUGCCCAUGUGCGUUCACUCCAAGGACUUCUGAUUCAUCCAGUCUGAGGCAGUGAUGGGAAGACCCCUCAGAGACUACAUUGAAAUGACCAAGAUCCACGGUCAAGAGAGAAGCCUAUAUACCUUCUCUGAGCCUAACCUAAUGUGCUCCUUACUAUCUGAUUUCAGGAGAGGGAGAAAGACUGCUGUAGAAAAACAGAAGGACAAAUUUUGAAGAAUUGGGAUUUGUACCUAGAUAGAAAGGACUGAGUGAAUCAGGUCUCUGUUUAAUACAUAUUCAGCAACUCUCCCUGUGGGGAGUAGGUUGCAUCAAUUGGUUUCACUAUGAGUGGCUGCAUGCAUACUUCACAAGCAAAGCACAGGUCCAUCCCUUCUGCUUACACUGCCUGUCAAGAUUCAGUUGCAGACAAAAGAAUCCAUUUCAAGUGGUUUACAGAUAAAGGAAUUAAAAAGUUGAUAUUGGCUACUUUGAAAAAUCAUUUGAAGAGCUGGAGAAGCAGGCUCUAGACUGAGCUUCCAAAAGCAAAACCUGAUUACAUUAAUGUUAUUAGGGGCAGAGAUUUUUAACACUGGAGACAAGAAAUACAACAAAUGUAAAAAGUUAAGUAACAACCUGGAAAACCUAAAUUUGAAUUGGAAAUGUCAGUACAAACUGAUGACAAAAACUGCUCAUUUUAAAAAUGGCAUCUAUUUCUGAGGUCAUCCACUGGAAAGGUCUAGAAAUAAUUAAUAAUUCAUUAACAAUGAGCAUCCAUUGCACAUGCUGUAGUUUCUAAAUACUUUUUCCUACUCAAAGGAUAUAGAGCUACCUUUCUUGUAGGAGCUGUAUCUUUGAGUUAUCAAAUAGGUGAUGCUAGAAUAAUUCUUCCAAUAAAUGAAGAAGGACUGAAAGAAAUAGAAAGCAACUAUUUUGUGUGAAUGUUUCAUGCUACACCUAAUGAUCAAGUUGAUAUAAAAAAACCCAGCCUAAUAUUAUAGGCCUCCUAAUGGAAGUAUUCAAUACCACCUACCAAGUAUUUAAGCCUGAAUUAUCAGAAGUAAAUCUAUUGAAGUCUCUAGAUCUAACUACCAGUUUAUAGGAAAUACAGUGGACAAAGGAUUUUGUUAAAUAGCACCAUGGGAUUGUGAUCAGAUAAAUCUAAACUAUGGAAAAAUUCUAAAGGAUAAAUGAUCUGGUUUCUUUAACAAAAAAAGAAAGGAGAAAGGGAAGACUUAUAAAUUAAAUGAUACUUAAGCCAUGUCAGUCAAAAGGAAUGAGUGGGUCUUGCCUCAAACAAAUCAAGUUUAAAAAGAAUUACUUAUGGAAUACUAAAUGAAAUUUAUACAUUAAUAUGAAGAAAUUUUGUUUGGAUAAUUUAUAUGUUUGAAGAAUUUAUGUUUUGGGUAUAAAUGAUAGUAUUAUGGUUAUGUUUUUAUUAAAAAUAUUCAUCUUUUACUUAAUACUGAAGUAUUUGUACAUUAAAUAUUAUGAUUUUGCUUGAAAUAAUCCAAUAAGAGUUGGGUGGGCAGGAAGUGGAUAGAGGUACAGAUAAAGCAAGAUUGGUCAUGUGAGCACCAUUUCUGAAGCUGGAUGAUAGGUAUGUAAAGGGAGGAAGUAGAGCUUAUACUAGCCUCUUUGUAUGUCUUAAAUUUUGAUGAUAAAAAGUUAAGCAUUGCAUUGUAUAUAUGUACCACAGCUUCUUUACCCAAUGGAUCUCUAGGUUGUUUCAUGUCCUAGCUACAGUAAAUAGUGCUGCAAGGAACAUUGGGGUACAUGUGUCUUUUACAAUUAUGAUUUUCUCAGGGUAGCCCAGUAGUGGGAUUGUUGAG